CCUUCCACUUUCUCGCUGCAGCAUCGUUUGACUCCCUCUCGAAGGAUCGCGUUUCCGCCUCUCCUGCCCAUCCCUUUCACUCCCUCCCCUCUUCUCACGAUGUCUCCCGCUGCCACCGAUCACCCCGCCCUCCCCAAGCUGGGCAUCCCCAACGGAAAACCAGUCGACAUGGACAGCAAGCUCGCCAGCCCCACCGACAGCGAGAAUGCGGAGAAGGAGAUGAACGCGCUGGACACGCGCAUGAACGGCACGACGCUCGAGAUCAAGACCGGCGAGGCGUCCAAAGACCCAUUGAUGCAUGACGCCGUCAACAGCGCCGGCCCGACGUUCAACGAUGAUCCCCUAUCUGCCACCGCCCUCAUCUCCCCUCUGCACACCGUCAAUUGGGAGACGGCCUCCUACUUUACUCCCCGCCGCGCCACCGUCAACACCAUCGAUGGCGCCCUGGGAAGCCCGAGCGGCCGUGCCCCGGUCAAUAAAUGGGAGGCCUUCAAACGCACCGGCCCCCACUACCCCCCGUCCCUCGAAAAGAUGGUGAUGGACUACCACCAUCGCCACAGCAAGUCCUGGCAGCUGGCCCACGACAUGGGCGCCGGCUCGGGCCUCUACUCCCCCAUCCUCGCCAAGUACUUCCGCCACGUCCACAUCUCCGACCCCAGCAGUACUGGCUUGAGCAAGUCGAGAACAGCGAUGACGUUGUGGAGCGGCGAGAACAAGAGGAGCAGGGGCCGCUUCACCUUUUCCAAUGGGAAGCCGGAGCAAGGACACGAGGCGUCGGCCGACCGGACGGUCGAUUUGGCCAUCAUGGUCGAGGGAGCACACUUCACCAACGCCGACACCAUGGUGCGCAGUGCCGCCCAGUCGCUGUCGUCGAGCGGCACCCUCGCCCUCGUGAGCUACCAUCCGGUGUGCCGCAUCACCGGCAACCCGCGGGCAAACGAGGCCCUGCAACGUCUCUUUGCCGCCUGGGGCUCGCAGCCGUGGGAUGUGGUGUGCGGCGACGCUCGAGGACAGAAACAAUUCAGCCAGGGCUUGGACUUUGUCCCCUUGCCCGCCGAGCUGUUCGACAUCUCCAAGACGCGUCGCAUCACCAUCAACACGCAAAACAAGGGCAGUGCCGCCUUCCAAGUACCCGGCGCGCCCAUUGUCGAUGUCUCCGACUCGCGUGUGCACCCGUCUGAGCGUCGGCAGGACUUUAGUUCGGAGAAUGCAGACGAUCAAGCGAAAGGCUGGAGGCAAGAAGUGGGCCCGGAGUUCUUCCGCAGCAUGACUGCCGCUCUCAUUGGGCCCAUGGGCGUGCAGCGCUACGAGGAGGACUUUAAGAAGAUUGGAGACAUCAUCCACGAGACGAGCCCGAAUGGCAUUUUGGUGACGGUGGAGUGGACGGUGGCUAUUGUCUUGGCUACCAGGAGAUGAGGGUGAACGAUGAGACUUGCGGGGUGAUAGACAGCACCAUUUGUAAAAGUGAUGAUAUAGGCCUACGAUCUGUCUGUAUGAUAUUUGGCAGUGUUCAGAUAGAGAAUGCAUUUGCAGUCUUCCUGCCGUGGACUUUUCGGCGUUCUUCGCUGGUACAUAUCGUAAACGUCAUGCGUCCGUGCACGA